UGUAAAUGUUCCUCAACUUCAAUGGCCUUUCAACACCGCCAUCUUUUUAUAAAUAACUCCAGCGGCCAGUCCAUCAUUUACCGACCAAAUUCCAAAUCAUUUUAACACUACACCUCACCAAUUUACUUCAUCCACCAACAAUGGCUAUGGCUUUCAAGAUGGCGACGACUGGGAUGUGGGUGACUGAUGAGUGCAAGAAUUCGUUCAUGGAGAUGAAAUGGAAGAAGGUGCAUAGGUAUAUAGUGUUCAAGAUUGAUGAGAAGUCCAGAUUGGUGACCGUUGACAAAGUCGGCGGCCCCGGUGAGGGUUACAAUGAUCUUGCCGCAUCGUUGCCGGACGACGACUGCCGAUAUGCUGUGUUUGAUUUUGAUUUCGUCACGGUUGAUAAUUGCCGGAAAAGCAAGAUCUUCUUCAUUGCAUGGUCCCCAACAGCAUCAAGAAUUAGAGCAAAAAUGCUAUACGCAACCUCCAAAGAUGGGCUGAGAAGAGUCCUUGAUGGGAUCCAUUAUGAAGUCCAGGCCACUGACCCAACUGAAAUGGGCUUUGAUGUGAUCCAGGACCGGGCUAAAUAGAAUUAAAUUAUUUAUUAAUGUAAUCAUUAUGCCACUUGCUUUGUCUUUAAUCAAUAACUUCCACCAGAAGUGCUUUUUAAUUUCUUGUUAACUUUCCACUAAUCUCAUGUAUUUAUAAUAAUAAUAAUAAUAAUAAUAAUAAU